AUGCAACGCCAAAAAGUGGAGAUUGGGUCACCCGAUGGCUCGCCAGCCAUCGAAGGAAGCGACAGUAAUAAUCCGCUAUCGAGCACCACGAACAUAACCGUACCGCAACGUCCGUCGUCGCCGCGUCAGUUUUUCGAAAGACUCUACGGACAUUUGGAAACGCGUAGCUCGGAAAACGGGGACAUCGACGUGGGAACCCACGCCCACAAGCCGCCCCCCUGCGAAACGCCCUAUCACAGCGACGGCGGAAGCGUCUCCUCGCCGGACAUCUCCAUCAGCGACGAACGCUCCUCCCUCCCCGGAUUUUCUGCCUACGACUUCUACGGCCAGUCCAAGGAUUACCCCCGGCAUUCCACGCAGCAGCUCCAUCAUCCUCAUCCUAAUCAUCAUCCGCAGCAAUUGCCAGUUCAUCAGAAGCUCAGCUACGUGACUCCGCCGCCAGUGAUUAAUCCCGGAGUAACCGCGAAUCCCGGCCUGCCACACGGAUUUCCGCCCGGGUUUCCCAGUGAUCCGCACUUCAGCGCCGGAUUUACUGCAUUCUUGGCUCGGAGGCGCCGCAAAGAGGGAAGACAACGCCGCCAGAGGACCACUUUUAGCACGGAGCAAACCCUUCGCCUGGAGGUGGAGUUCCAUCGGAACGAGUACAUCUCCAGGAGCCGUCGGUUCGAACUGGCCGAGACCCUUCGCCUGACGGAAACGCAAAUCAAGAUUUGGUUCCAGAACCGCAGGGCCAAAGACAAGCGGAUAGAAAAGGCUCAGAUCGAUCAGCACUAUAGAAACUUUGUCGUGGCCAAUGGUUUUAUGAGCUCUAUAAUGGGUCAAACGACCACGACCAUGCCCCCCGGAGGCGUUGGCGGGGGCGUUGCGGUCGGAGUGGGCGUGGGCCUUGGUUACUAUGCCGCGGCUGCGACGCCGCCAGCGCUGCCCAAGGAUAACACGCAGGAUGCUAAUUUUAUCGACAUCGAUGACCAGUUCGAGCAACAACAAAUGCAGCAGCAGCAACAGCAACAACAACAACGACGUCGAGCAACAGCGACGCUUAUUAAUUCAUGCUAGCAAUUAUCAUUAUUACUAACUGAUUACAUUUAAUUGAGCUUUAAAAUGUUUAGCCUAAGCCUAAGUAGUAGUAAAUAUAUAACUGUAAAAAAAAGGGCACUGGA